AUGUGUGGCUCCCUUCAUAAGUCUCCCGAUGCCAACAUAGGAGCUAUCAAAAAUGUUUUGAGUAGCACUGACGUUGAGAUUUUGCAGAAAAACGAAGAAAUGGGAGAGGAAAAUGUGCCAAAAAAUACUUGGCAAAAAUUCUGGAAAGCGCUCGAAGUUCCUCAUGAGGACAAACCUCUCUCUGUCCUCCGAAAUCCUGACUUAGAGCCAAUCCUGGCAACCCAACGCACCUGGGGAUUCUGGUCAUUUUUUGCAUACUGGGGUCUUCCCAAUUUUGCCGUAGCGACUUUUUCAACCGGUUCUGCGUUGUUAGCUCUGGAUCUAAACAUUCAGCAAUCCAUUGGUUCUUUGGUGAUAGCGAAUGUGCUCAUCGCGGGUUUCACCAUCCUGAAUUCCAAUCCUGGAAUCAAAUUUCACAUCGGCUAUACACUUAGUCAAAGAAUGAUUUUUGGAAUAUACGGCUCUUUUAUUGGUAUUAUAAUCCGCGUUGGUUUAUCCGUGGUGCUUUACGCCUACCAAGCAUGGCUAGGUGGUCUUUGCAUGAACAUGGUAUUUGACUCAUUUUCACAGAACUACUUGAACAUGAAGAAUACAUUCCCGGACUCAGUACCAAUGGCCAAAAAAGAUCUCAUAGGCUUUCUUUGCUUCCAACUGAUCCAGAUGCCCUUCUCGUUUGUAAGACCACGGCAUGUUAACAUUCCCUCUAUAGUGACGUGCUUUAUGACACUGUUUUCCGUCAUCGGUAUGAUGGCGUAUCUCAUUCAUAGCAAUGGUGGUCCUGGCCCACUAUAUCACACCAAAGUGUUACUUUCUUCAAGUCAGAGGUCCUGGAUGUGGCUUUACUCCAUGACAAUCUGGUACAGCGGCGUAUCCCCGGCGGUCGCAAAUCAAUCUGAUUAUUCUCGUUUUAGCUCCGGAUCUUUGUCGUGCUAUUUGGGUCUUUUCAUAGGCACCGUUUUGCCUGGAACCUUUGUGUCUCUGGCAGGGAUGCUGUGUGCCUCGGCCUGUAAAGGCUUAUAUGGUUCAGCAUAUUGGACACCAAAUGAAAUUGUAGAAGAAUGGCUCAAUACAAACUAUACCUCUAAAGCGCGGGCAGCAUCAUUCUUCAUCGGCGUUAGUUUUACGGGUUCCCAACUUUUUCUAAAUUUGACACAAAACGGGUACGCAUGCGGAAUGGAUCUUGCGGGUAUUUUCCCUCGUUACAUUAACAUUACCCGUGGUACGCUUUUUGUUCAAUUGAUCUCUUGGGUUGUUCAGCCAUGGACCUUUUUCAACACAUCGUCCUCUUUCCUAAAUGUGAUGAGUUCCUUUGGGGUCUUUGUCACACCUAUAAUGACUCUAAGCAUCAUCGACUUCUACUGGGUUCGCAAAGCAAAGAUAACCUUGAUUGACUUUUUUACUAUAUCAAAGAAGGGUGCUUACUGGUAUGAUUUUGGAUUUAAUUGGAGGUCGAUUUCGUGCCUCCUCCUUGGGAUAGUUUUGGGACUGCCUGGCCUCGCUUACGAAUCACAAGCAGACCACAAGGCAAACACAGCAAUGAUGAAUUAUUAUUAUGGUUACAUGUUCUUUAUCCCACUGGUAACCGGUUCAUUGUAUUGCGGAAUAACGUACAUCUUUCCUGCUCACCAUGAAAAAAUGUGCCAAGUUGACCCUCUGGAUUUCUUCCGUUGCUUCUCCGGCGCCGAACGGCAAAAAUUAGGAAUGCUACCAUUUGGAGAAGCUUCUAUCUGUGAAUAUAUAGAGGCAGAGGAUCCGCAAGAGGGCUGGCAAAAGACAACCGUUGAGCAUGAAAAAGGAAAAUGA